AUGGAGCGAACGUCAGCAGCAGAGCCAGACCUCUACCUCAUCUCGAGCGAGGAUACCAUUUAUGAGCAGGAUCUGCUGCGGGAUCCUGGCAGUAUAAAGCCAUGGCUGUCCUACAUCGAGUACAAGCGCCAGAAUGGGACGCUUUAUGAGCAGUCUUUUAUCAUGGAGCGCGCCUGCAAGCAACUUCCGCGAUCCUAUAAAUUAUGGAAGAUGUAUUUAGAAUUCAGAAUCAACCAUCUCCGGGGGCGCAAUCCUGCUAUACAUCGUGCUGAAUAUCAGAAAGUGAAUACGCUAUUCGAACGGGCCCUGGUCCUACUCAACAAGAUGCCUCGGAUUUGGGAGAUGUUCCUUGCUUUCCUGCUGAAGCAACCAGUAGUUACAUACACUCGUCGCUCAUUCGAUCGCGCACUUCGAGCACUGCCUAUUACCCAGCACAGCCGUAUCUGGAAGCUCUACAAGGCAUUUGCCAAUUCGGUCUCUGGGUUUACUGCGGUACAGAUAUGGCGGAGAUACAUGCAGGUUCGCCCUGAAAAUGCGGAGGACUACAUCGAACUGCUCGUGGAACUGGGACAUUACACAUCGGCUAUAAAGAAGUACAUGGAGAUUCUUGAUAAUUCGAGCUUCCAGUCGAAGAAGGGCAAGAGCCAGUUCCAGCUGUGGAGUGAGAUGGUUGAGCUUCUCGUAAACAAGGCCAAGCACAUCGAUACCACAAUUAACGGAGGGAUUGACGUUGAUUCUAUUAUUCGAAGCGGUAUCUCUCGGUUCUCUGAUCAGCGCGGUAGACUCUGGGUCGGCUUGGCGACGUAUUGGAUCACAAAAGGCAACUUUGAGAAGGCUAGGGAUAGUUUUGAAGAAGGAAUUACUAGCGUCAUGACAGUACGGGACUUCACCAUGAUCUUUGACUCAUAUGUCGAGUUUGAGGAGUCAAUCAUCGGAACACUCAUGAGCCAAGCAGAAUCUCGUUCGAAGAAAGGCAAGGUUGAUGAGGAUGCAGACUUUGAUUUGGAUCUGCGCAUGUUGCGAUUCGAGCAGCUGAUGGAUAGACGCCCGUUCCUUGUCAAUGAUGUUCUCCUGCGACAGAACCCGAACAACGUCGUGGAAUGGGAGAAGCGAGUUGCACUGUGGGGAAAUAAUGUCAGCGAGGUCGUCAAUACUUACACUGCUGCCAUUGCUGCUAUCAAUCCCAAGAAGGCACAUGGAAAGUUUCAUGAAUUGUGGGUUAACUACGCCAAAUUCUACGAGAACGGAGGGAAUAUUGAUACCGCACGAAUCAUUUUCGACAAAGCUGUCAAGGUUCCCUUCAAGACGGUAGCAGAGUUGGCGGAGACUUGGUGUGAAUGGGCUGAGAUGGAAUUGCGUAGUGAGAAUUUUGAUCAGGCGGUUGCUAUCAUGGCCAAAGCGACUCAGGCUCCAAAACGCUCGACAGUGGACUAUUUUGACGAGACUCUAUCGCCUCAACAACGUGUGCACAAGAGCUGGAAGCUUUGGAGUUUUUACGUGGACCUCGUCGAGAGUGUCAGCACUCUUGACGAGACUAGAAAGAUUUACGACAGGAUCUUCGAGCUUCGAAUUGCUACGCCACAGACCGUCGUCAAUUACGCCAACCUUCUGGAAGAGAACAAGUAUUUCGAAGAGUCGUAUAAGGUCUACGAGCGUGGUUUAGACCUGUUCAGCUACCCCGUUGCAUUCGAGCUGUGGAAUUUGUACCUGACAAAAGCUGUUGAUCGAAAAGUCAGUGUUGAGCGUCUUCGCGACCUUUUUGAGCAAGCACUCGAUGGCUGUCCUCCCAAGUUCGCCAAGGUCUUGUACUUGAUGUAUGGCAAUCUGGAAGAAGAGCGUGGCCUUGCUAGACACGCUAUGCGUAUCUACGAACGUGCCACACGAGCAGUAUCCGACGAGGAUCGACUCGAAAUGUUCAAUUUCUAUAUUACCAAAUCCGCAUCUAACUUUGGGCUCACAUCAACCCGCCCAAUAUACGAACGCGCCAUUGCUGCUUUACCGGACCACGAAGCCAAAGAUAUGUGCCUGAAGUUCGCUGAAAUGGAACGCCGCCUUGGUGAAAUCGAUCGGGCACGCGCUAUCUAUGGCCAUGCAUCUCAAUUCUGUGACCCGCGUACCAAUGCCGGCUUCUGGCAGAAAUGGGAAGCAUUCGAAGUGCAACACGGUAACGAGGAUACAUUUAAGGAAAUGUUGCGUAUCAAGCGAAGCGUUCAAGCUCAAUACAACACGGACGUCAACUUCAUCGCCUCCCAAGCUAUUGCACGUAGCCAACAACAGCGCGCCCAGAACGGAGAAGCAGAUAAAGACGACGAAGAAGACCAAGAACGCGCAGACGCAAUGGCAGCAUUGGAACGCCAGGCUCGUGCCCCCGUCGGCUUCGUUGCUGCCAGCUCCGGCCCAGAAGGCGGAAAUCGCCCUUCGGCAGCUGCGACUACCGCGCCUCCAGCGAACGUUAAUCCAGAUGCCAUUGAUCUUGGUGACGAGGAUAUGGAAGAUUAG